AUGCGAAAAGAGCUGUUCAUGCAUAUAGCUAACGAUAUCGCUUCUUUCUCCCCAGUUGGUGACGAGCAUGUGCUUCAUCUUAUUGUUGAGUUUCGAAACCAGUGUGUAGAUGCAUGGGGUAAACUCGGUUUUUCUACAAUUCAAAAGUGUACAUCUGCGAUACGUCAGCUGGCGUAUGGCAACGUGGCCGAUUCACUUGAUGAGUAUCUACAAAUGGGUGAACAAACUUCCAGAGACGCGCUUGGUGCUUUUUGUGUGUGUUUGACCUUUACAGGGAAGAGUACUUACGAAGACCAACAACAGAUGAUAUACAACGUAUCUACCAGAAACACGCAGAACUCCAUGGUUUUCCAGGAAUGCUUGGGAGCAUCGUCUGUUUGCAUUGGCCCUGGAAAAGGUGUCCAAAAGCAUGGCAAGGCCAGUUCACUCGAGGUGAUAAAGGGGUACCAACCAUCAUACGAUUUAUGGAUUUGGAAUGCAUUUUUUGGAACGGCAGGUUCAAACAAUGACAUAAAUGUACUCAAUCAAUCACAUUUUAGGGAAAUCGUUGAGGAUACGGCUCCGGAUACUUCAUUUAUAGUUAACGGAACUGAUUAUAAGAAGGGGUACUAUCUAGCCGAUGGUAUUUAUCCUGAGUGGGUGACAUUUGUCAAGGCUUUUUCAUGCCCACAAGACCUGAAGAAGAAAAAAUUCAAGAAGUAUCAAGAAAGUGCGCGAAAAGAUGUGGAACGAGCAUUUGGAGUUCUCCAAGGUCGUUGGGCAAUCCUUACACACCCCUCAAGGUCGUUUAGUGUCAACAAGAUUCGUCGAACCAUGUAUGCUUGUGUCAUAUUGCAUAACAUGAUCGUUGAGGAUUCGGGUCAUGCAAUAACCUCAUAUGAUCUAGAAAUCCUAGGUAUUGUGUAUUUCUAG